AGUCAGUUCAGUGGAGUGACGCAGACAGCGUCAUCACCAUCACCAUCACUACCAUGUUCACUACCCAGUGAGCUACUGUCCUGUGCUGAACAUACACACCAAUGUCAGCCUAAAUAUGCUAUAUGAUUGAAUCAUCUCUGCUGCACGGUGGCCUGGGGCUGAUGUCAGGCGCUGCAGGCAAGAAACAUGCAGCAGAAACGCAACAUUCAGAUCAUAGAAUGGGAGGACUUGGACAAACGCAAGUUCUACUCCUUUGGAGUAUUCAUGACCAUGGCCAUCCGCGCCACGGUCUACCCGGCCACGCUGAUCCGCACCAGGCUGCAGGUUCAGAAGGGGAAAUCGCUCUACUCUGGGACCUACGAUGCUUUCUGUAAAAUUCUCAGAGCUGAAGGUCUGAGAGGACUUUACAGGGGCUUCAUGGUGACCACGUUCACACUCAUAUCAGGGCAGGCAUACAUAACCACUUACGAACUGGUAAGGAAAUAUGUUUCCAACUAUUCUAAGGACAAUACGCUGAAGUCAUUAGUGGCGGGAGGCUCAGCGUCAUUGGUGGCCCAGAGCAUUACUGUUCCCAUAGAUGUCAUAUCACAGCAGCUCAUGAUGCAGGGCCAAGGGGAGCAUCUAACCCGCUUUAAAAUUAAACCUGAAACAGCAUUGGAAGCAAAGCACCCUGUAUUUUUCGGCCAGACGAGAGACAUUAUUGGGCAGAUAUUUGCUGCGGAUGGCAUUCGUGGGUUCUACCGAGGAUAUGUGGCAUCUCUCCUCACAUACAUCCCCAACAGUGCUGUUUGGUGGCCGUUUUACCACUUCUAUGCAGAACAGUUGUCUAAGAUGGCUCCCAGUGACUGCCCUCAUCUAGUGCUGCAGGCAAUGGCUGGACCUCUGGCGGCUGCCACUGCCUCUACUGUCACCAACCCCAUGGACGUCAUCAGGGCCCGGGUUCAGGUGGAGGGCAGGACAUCAGUCACUGAGACUUUUAACCAGCUGAUCAGAGAGGAAGGAUUCUGGGGGAUGACCAAAGGCCUCUCUGCUCGCAUCAUAUCUUCAACGCCCACAGCAAUAGUCAUGGUGGUUGGUUAUGAAACUCUCAAAAAGCUUAGCUUACGACCAGAGCUGGUUGACUCCCGCCACUGGUAAAAAAAAAAAAAAAGAAAAGAAAAAAGAAACUUUAGAGUGUCUGUCAACUUCCCUAUGACUCUUCCACUCCACCUUAUUGUUCAUUUUUGCCUUUUAAAUCUCCUGCCUUGUGAUGCUUCAGUGUGACACUGCUGAUUGCUUUUUUUUAAAUUUUAUUUAAUAGUAACAAUGCAGCUUUUGAGCUCUUUGUUACUUUCUGUUAAUAGGGAAAAAUGCUGCUCAGGUUUGUAAUCGGUGUAAGAGGCACAACAGUUUUUCUUGAAUGAAUUUUUAAAACAUAUGUGAUCAAACAGAUUGAAUGUUUUAGUAAAAGAAAGUAUUUUGUGACUUUAAUUUAUUGCUCGUUGUAUAAGUGGUAGUUUAAAUGUCUUCAGUCAUUUAUUUUCAGUAGGAUAUAAACAAUAUUUCUUUUAAGAUAUUUCAUUCAGAGAACUCACUUCAUUCAGCUGUCACCGCAAUAGCAUUUUAUUCAUUGUAGUACAGUUUUUAUCAUACUUUCUUAAGUUUAUGUAACUAGAUCAUCUCAUGUGUACAAUGUUUACCUCUGAAUAUGCUUUUCAUAGUUUUUGUGUGGUGCUGGGAUGUUUUAAGUUGCCAAAGUUGAGUGAAUAUUCAAGGAAAAUCUCUUGAUAACCUUUGCUGAAGAUGAAUAAUUAAAACCCAAAACUGACUGUAAAUAUAUCAAGUUAUAGUUAUCUGUCUGUGUCCUUCAUAGUUCUCCCAAAUAUGAAAAUGUACUUACCGUUAGGUCAUUUUUCUUUCUUCAGUGGGACUCAUGAGGCACUGUUUAGCAGAAAGUUUGAGUUGUUCUCGAUUAGGGGCUGUCAAGCUCUAAAAAGGACAAUUUAGCAUCAUAACAGUACAUCAAAUAAAUAUCCAUGUGACUUG